AUGGCUGGGCUGUCCUCAAGUCUCGCAUCAGCAGUUUUCAACGCAAGCGCCCCUGAACUGAAAGAUAUCCUUCGACAAAUCGCCUCGAUAUCCCCUUUUAACAAGGAGACUGUCUCCUACUUGUUGGAAUAUUUGCAGUCCGAUAAGUGGGACGAUUGUUCUGCUUUGAGAGACGUCGUUUUUGGGCUCUGUGAGCAGCUACCGAGCCUCGCAAGUCUUGUUGAGGAAGCCCUGAUAGACAAUGAAGAAGAGGUGCUCAUUGAAAAGGACCUGCUCGAAGACAGCGAAGAACCCGGUUACGAGUCCGCACGGAGCUCUUCUAUGGAUAUACAAGAAGCAUCCAGGAAGAGAAAAUGGAAAUGGAAGAUGCAUACUGUUCCCAGGUCAGAGUCCAAGAGGACGAGGUCAGCAGACAAGAUCAUCACGAUACAUGAUAUCAAUCGCUCUAUCGCGACUCCCAAGAGUCGAAGAUAG